ACUUAUUUGAAUGGAAAUUCCGAAGACCUUGGCAUGUGUUUUGAACCAGUAGUUAGUUCAGAUGACCGUUUACAUUACGGGUGAUAAACAAUCGUUUAUUUUUGUGAGUUGCGUGUAAAUAGACAUACAAAGAAUCAUAAAAUGAGAUUAUUAGUGCUGUGUUUUAUUACUUUUUUCAAAUAUAGUGCAGGCCAGUUCGAAGUUCCAGAUGCUCUGGUUGAAGUUUUUCGACCUCGAGGUUUACGAGUGUCAAUACCCGAUCAGGAAGGCAUCAAAUUAUUCGCCUUCCAUGCCAAAGUCAACGAAGAAAUGAACGGUAGGGAAGGAGGAACAUUUUCAAGGGACAUAACAAAAGCUAAAAAUGGCCGGUGGACAUUUUACGAUCCUUCCGCAAAACUGAAGGUCGGUGAUGUUAUAUACUACUGGACAUAUGUAGACUACUUCGAUGGUAAAAAUAAACUUGGUUACGCGAAUGACGAUCUACAAUUUGUUGUGAAAGAACUCCUCGAAAAGGAUACAAGCAGCACUAAAGCUCCUACUGUUACUACGCAAACAACAGAAGAAGUCACAGAAUCGUCAGGUUGUAAAUCUAGUCCCACAAAAUUAGGCAACGACGCAACCUGCAGCCAAAAAGUCAUAUUCCACGAGGAUUUCAACAGCUUAGACAAUAACCUGUGGAGUCCCGAAAAUAAAUUCGCAGGAAGUCCGGACUAUGAGUUUGUAGUGUACACCACUAGACGAGAAAAUCUAGAAGUAAACGACGGUCAUUUAAAAAUACGUCCUGUUCUGUCUGAGGAUUUAUUUGGCAAAGGUUAUAUCGAUCGUCGAGUAGAUUUAGGGAUAAAUUGUACAGGUGUUCUUGGCUCUCUUGACUGCGUUCAAGAAGCCAAUGCUUUCCUGAUCCUUCCCCCAGUAGCAUCAGCCCAGAUCUCCACCAAAAAUAAAUUCUCUUUUAAGUUUGGCAAGAUCGAAAUUCGGGCCAAGUUACCAAAAGGGGACUGGAUCUAUCCUGAAUUGUAUUUGAAUCCGCUGAAUGAGCCAUACGGUCCUGACUAUGCUUCUGGACAAAUACGAAUCGCAUUUCUUCCUGGGAACGAACAACUGAAUAGGAAUUUACGAGGUGGUUGCAUUUUAGGGAGUAGUCAAGCCGGGAGGAACUACGGGAUGAAGACUAUUAAGAAAAAUACUGGAACUUGGGGCGACGACUUUCACGUAUUUACUGUUGUCUGGAAACCAGAUCAAAUAACUGUUAGCGUCGAUGAUACAGUGUACGGAAAUAUCUAUGCACCACCAAAAGGGUUUGUCAGUGAAUCCCAUAAUUUAGAAUUAGGUAACGUCGAGAGGUGGAGCUCGGGAACACCGUUCGCACCGUUUGAUAAAGAAAUGUACUUGACUAUUGGAGUUGGUGUUGGUGGUCACGUUUUCCCAGAUCGGAGUGAUGGGACGAAACCAUGGCAAAACAGCGAUGGAAAAGGGCAGAAGAAGUUUUAUAAAGCGACGUCACAGUGGCGACCGUCUUGGACAGAUGCUAGUCUUUUAGAUGUUGAUUAUAUUAAAGUGUCGGCUCUUUAAUGAGUAUAGUGAUCUGUGUGAAGUUAAAAACGUAGUUAAAGUAAGGAACAAAAAGACUGUAUUUUCUUGCAAAAAAGUAAAAAAUAUUAAUUACCAAAAA